UCCGCUGGAAAUAUGAAAGUAUAUUCCAAUGACAAGCAAUAAGCGUAAAGCGCUUACUAAGCGCUGAGUUCUGCUGAACGCGGCCAUUGAGACGACAAACUCUGGAUAGAAAAUAGUUUGACAACCUCUGCAUAGCAACGCGAUGUGACAGUUGACUUAUUACUUGACUGUGUGUGACUGCUGAGACCAAACUGUAUUUAUUUGCAUGUGUAACUGAGAAGAUAUGCUAAAAUCAGCAACAUAUCAUCCAGAGUUGUGAAUAAAUAAAGUUUGAUCAUUUUUAUCACUGAAAGUUUGUAUAUUUUCGAAGCAGUCCCUUUGCUAUUUGAAAUGGAGGAUACAUCAGAGGAGCUACAGUUUAUAGUAGAUGAUGUGAGCAAUAUUAUUAAAGAAGCCAUUGAAGUAUCAAUAGGUGGCAAUGCUUAUCAGCACAAUAAAGUGAACCAAUGGACCUCUAAUGUUGUGGAAGCAUGUUUAGGCAAUUUGACAAAAUUGCAAAAGGCUUACAAAUACAUUGUGACUUGUACAAUUAUGCAGAAGAACGGUGCCGGACUUCAUACUGCUAGUUCAUGUUAUUGGGAUAAUUCUACCGAUGGAAGCUGCACUGUACGCUGGGAAAACAAAACUAUGUAUUGCAUUGUAUCCGUUUUUGGACUAGCUCUUUAAAUAAUUUUCUUAUAAGCUUUUUGAAAAAAAAACCCACUAAUUUUGGCGAUAUAGUAAGCUACUUUUCGAAAUAUGUUUUUGUUCUAAAGUCAUUAACAGAACUCGAUAUUUUUGCAUAUAAAAAAAUGAUAGACGUCAUAGUUAGUUGAAUAAAAAAUAAUUGUAUAUAUAUAUCGUAUUAGAGAUUUUUUUAAUUAAAUAAUAAAGUAUCAAAAAAUAUUAUUUAAUAAAAUUAGACACGUGCAUAUGAUGGAACAACUGGGAAAAGAAGAUUCUUAAAAUGUAAACAAAAAUAAGUCAAAAAUGUAAAAAUAAAAUGUUCGUUUAGGUUUUGAAAAGAUCAAUUUUAAAGAUUAAAAAAUUGAUUUAUUUAUUUCUGACACACUUAAUUGAUCUUGAAAUAAUCUCGUCAUAUGUACACCUUUAAAUUAUUAAUAUUUUGAUUAAAAAAAAAGAAUACUCCGUUUAAUAAAGCUCUUAAAAACUGUAUAUUGUAUACACAUAAUUUUAUUAACAAUCUUAUCAUUUUGAGUUGCUCUAUUUAAAUAAAAGUGUACUUCUUAAAAAUUAUUAUUAUACACUGACUGUUAUUGAAAUAUUUGUGAUGAUAUCAAAGAUUUAUAUAGUAACGAUCAAUCCAGCUCUGCUAUUAUUCUACACAUUUGAUUUAUAUUUAAACAAUUAUCUCUUUCCCGGUUGUGCCCACAUGUUUUAGCGAAUCAUAUAUAAAGUACAUUCAAAAAAUAUUUUAAAAAAUAUUUUUUAUUAUAUGAAAGCUGGUAUUAUUUUUAUCUACUUGUAAUUUAUAUGAAAUAAACGCGAGAUGUCGAUUGCA